UGAAAAUUAAUUUUUACCGUCGUGGCGUCCCAAGUACAAGGAGUGAAAGUUGACGAUUACGUCCAUCUUUUUUUUCUGCUGAUAAAAAAUGAUAAAAUAUGUCAUUCUGUUGUGAAUAAUUUAAUUAGUGAACGUUGAUUUUACACUGUUCGAGCUUCGAGCUUCGAUUCAAGAAGACCAUGUUAUCCUCUACAAGUCUGAUGGACACCGAUGAAAACGAUUACAAUUACAUCGAAGAGGUAUUCUGUACUCCUGAAUUCAAAGACGAAGCAAACACACCAUGUAACAUAGCCUUAUUACCGGAGAAAUCCAGACACAGGUACGAAGCGACGUACGAAUCAUUUGAAAAAUGGAGAGAAGAACAUAAACAGCCUAGUACGUACUCGGAAGAGAUCUUGAUGAAGUUCUUCGAAGAAUUAUCCGCUACAAAAUCACCUUCGACGUUAUGGUGUACGUAUUCGAUGUUAAAGGGUAUGAUCAAAUUGAAACACGAUAUCGAUAUCGGAAAAUAUUCCGUAUUAAUCGCGUUGUUGAAAAAACGAUCGAAAGGAUACACAGCUGUAACUGCUCCGGUCUUCACCGACGAAGAUGUUGCUAAAUUCAUCAACGAAGCACCAGAUGCUCUAUAUCUAGUAACCAAAGUUGCUCUGAUCUUCGGUAUAUUGGGAGCUUGCCGAACAGACGAACUGACUAAUUUGAGAGUUCAAAAUAUCGAAACACACGGACGUAUAUUUCUGGUAAAAAUCCCUAAACCAGACCAGCCUUCGAUUACUCGUUCGUUCACCGUCAGUGAUCAUUAUUACGACAUUGUUGAAAAAUACAGACAGCUGAGGCCUCUUAAUGUAAAAUGUGAUCGUUUUUUCCUAAGCUAUCGUCAAGGUAAAUGCACCAUACAGGUGAUUGGUAAACAUAAAUUCGCCUGUAUGCCCAGAGAAAUAGCUACUUUCUUGGAAUUAGAAAACGCUCAUCUGUACACAGGACACAGUAUACGUAAAACGUCGUCAAGUCUUCUAGCCAAUGCUGGAGCUGAUCGUCGUACCGUUAAAAGACACGGUACUUGGAAAUCUACCACAGAAGUACAAGGAUAUAUCGAUAGCAGUUUACAUAUCAAAAGAAGAACCGAAACGACUGUCGAAUCUAGUAUAAGUCAACCAGCAUCUACUAUUAAUCAGUUCGUAGAAGACGAAGUCGAGUUCUCAUCUAAUAACAACAAUUAUCACUCGAAUUCGAAUCAGCCUAUCGACGAAGAAAAUACAUCGUCGAUUAACAACACGACGUCGUGUAAUUCAAACGAUUCGGAUUCCGUUUUACCCGAUGAAUCUACGAACACGUUGCCUGUGAUGACUUGUUCUACUUCGUUUAAAAAUAAAACCGAUGUAGUGCUAGAUUUACCUAUGUCUGUAUUGUAUGAAAAUAAUGAUAAUGAUAGUGGUAAUCGAAAGUCGAACGAAGAUACUGCUACUACGAGCUUGGAAGGUAAACGUUUAGAUUUAAUUAAGAAACAUUUCGCAUUUUAUAACUGUACGAAUAUUUAUAUUAAUUUCAAGUAGCAAAUUUUAUUACUGUUUGUGUGUAAGAUGAAAUACGAAUUUUAAUUUUCGAUAGUGUAUUAUCGAAGAAUGUAUCGUUUUGAAAUAAGACUCGUGUUUUUACCUAUAAUGUUAAGAGAACUUUCAAUAAUUAUUGUCUAAUGUAUACUUCACUGUCCUAUGUACUUAUACUUUCAAAUACUAGAUGUAUUAAGGUUUGGUUUCAAAUUAUUGAGGAAGAAAAAACAUCGGUAUGUCUAUGUUGCUAACUUUACGUAAUGUUAAUGUUCACUAUUUUAGAAAUUUGAUGAAGGUCCAAAUUGCUGUCGCUUCAACAAUGAGGACCCUAUGAUGGAAAAAAGAAGAAAUAAUUAUUGACCAUUAUCUAGUGGUCUUUCCUUCACCAAAAUGUUCCAUCUAAUCUUGGUAAAAAGUUCAAUGUUGUUUUUUUUUUUUUUUGUAAUUUAGCAAGUUUACUGGCGAUUUUUUAAAACUUUGAAAAACAUUAUAUUCGAUGUAGGUAAAUUCUACUUUUGCCGUACCGAUCAAUUGAAUUUUGACGUAUAACUCUCUUCUUUAAUCUUUACCAUGAAAAUUUAAAUUGUGAGAAUAUUGAAAUAAGUUUACUUUAUAAGAUAUAAGUGAGAAUUUGUACGAAUUUAUUAUGUUUUAUUCUUGAAAAAAAGAAUUAUGUAUAUUUUUUUUUUAUUAUGAGAAUAAAGAGAAACAAAGUUUUU